AUCAGUCUGCACACUCCCACUGAACCGUAUUUAUAUGGGAGUCAUCAGGAAGAGCUUAAAUCAGAACUGCAAUUCAUCAGAGGAACUUCUUGGCCUUGUUUAAAGAGUGAAAAUGGUGAAUUAUGAAGUGACCAUAUCGACUGCUGAUGUGGUGACAGCCACCACUUUUAACAACGUCUUCAUUAAGCUGGUGGGCACAGAUGGAGAGAGUGAUCGCAGCCGGCUUUUUAACAUAAAAGGGGCUUUAGCCUUUGUCAAGGGAGCAGUGUCCACUUUCACUGUGUCCAACCCUGUCUCCAUUGGGAGGCUGGUUCUAAUAGAACUGGACAAACAGCGUCUCCCACUUUUCCCGGAGGAUAGCUGGUUCCCUGCCAAAGUGGAAGUGAAAUCCCCAGAGGGGGACAUUUACCACUUCCCCAUCUACCGCUGGAUCACUGACAGCGAGGUGCACCGCUUCAGAGAGGGAACAGCUCUGAGAGUCUUUGAUGACACCCAUCAUCUUGGCCAGUACAGUCGGGAGCAGGAGCUGAAAAAAAGAGAGGAAGAUUACCGCUGGGAUGUGUACGUAGAGGGAAUACCUCAUAUAAUGAAGACAGAAAACCCUCUUGAUCUGCCUUGUGAGGUCCGCUUCUCCUUCACCAAGACCACUGAAUUUCUCUUCACUGCAGCCGCAGCACUGACUGAGCUACAGCUCAAUGGACUGGCAGAUUGUGAAGAGAGGUGGACUGAUAUUGAGGAUAUCAAUCGAGUGUUUUGCUGCAAACGGACUGCUUUGUCAGACUAUGUCCAGGAACACUGGAGAGAAGACGCUUUUUUUGGCUACCAGUUUCUAAAUGGUGUGAACCCCAUGUUGAUCCAACGUUGCUCAGUCCUCCCUGAGAAUUUCCCUGUCACCGAUGGCAUGGUCAGCCUGCCUGGUCAUGGUACCUUGGAAAAUGAAAUGAAGAAAGGGAAUAUAUACCUGUGCGACUACAAGCGCUUGGAUGGGUUGGAGGCAAACACCAUCAAUGGGAAGAAGCAGUACUUGAUGGCACCCCUCGUCCUCCUACACAAAACAGCUGAUGACAAGAUGAUGCCGAUUGCUAUUCAGCUGAAGCAGACCCCAGGAGACGACAAUCCCAUCUUUUACCCUUCUGAUUCUGAAUAUGACUGGUUGCUAGCUAAGAUUUUUGUAAGAAGUGCAGAUUUCAGUGAGCAUCAACUUAAUGUUCACUUACUACGCACUCAUCUGCUGGCUGAAGUGUUUGCUGUGUCUCUGCUGCGUAAUGUGCCCAUGGUGCACCCGCUGUACAAGCUCCUUGUCCCGCACACUCGCUACACUCUGCAGAUCAACCACUUGGCUCGAAUUCGGCUGAUAUCUGAGACUGGAGUUUUUACAAAGUUUACAGCUUCUGGUGGAGACGCUAUGUCGACAUUCCUGAGGAGGUCAUUGUCUUUACUGACCUACAGCUCCCUCUGCAUACCAGAUGACAUCGCUGAGCGUAGGCUUGAGGAUGUGCCCAACUACUACUACAGGGAUGAUGGACUCAGACUCUGGGAUAUCAUCCACAGGUUUGUGCAGGGAAUCCUCCAAUUCUACUACAAAAGUGAUGCUGAGGUCCAGCAGGACUCUGAACUGCAGAAGUGGAUUUCAGACAUUUUUGAGCAUGGAUUCCUCUCACAACCCUGCCCAGGUAUCCCUCAGAGCUUUACAACAGUCCCCGAGUUGGUUAAGUUUGUCACCAUGGUGAUUUUCACCAGCUCAGUGCAGCACUCGGCUGUCAAUGGUGGACAGUAUGACUACGGUGGCUGGAUGCCCAACACUCCUGUCUCUCUGCAACUUCCUCCACCAACCACCAAGGGAAAAACCAGUGAAGCCACCAUGCUGCAGACGUUCCCUGACGUCAAUGCAACAGUUCAGGGGAUGGCCUCCCUGUGGCUGCUCAGCAAGCAGUCCUCUGACUUUGUCCCUCUUGGACAGUACCCUGAGGAACAUUUCAGUGAGGAGACUCCCUGCAAGCUGAUCAAAGAUUUUCAAGAAGAGCUUCAAGUUUUGAGUGAAUCCAUCAAAGUCAGAAACAAGAGCCUUGAGGUCCCGUACACAUACAUGGAUCCAACAGAGGUAGAAAACAGUGUGGCUAUUUGAACACAAGAUAGUGUGACUUCCUCAACUGUUGGUCAAAUUCCUCUUGUGGUCAGUGCUGAUUCAGCUUGAUUCUACUCUGUGAGCGUUUAUGUGGUGAAUGUGUUAGCUGUUACCAAUACUUUUAUCCUCAGUUUGUCCAUGAAUAUGUACGGCCUCUAUAAAGUAAAUGAAAAUAGUGAAAUUUUGGUAAAUUGAGUAGUUUCUCAGAAAUGUGCAACCCUCAUCAACACCUUGUUGUCAGUCUUUAUUUUUAGAUUUUCUGCAUCACAACAAGAAUGAAUGAAAUGUUAUGUGUGUAGAUUACUGCAGGUUCUUGAUCAGUAGCCUUGCACUGAUACACUGAUCAACCACUUGAUCUAUAACUGAGCCUGCCUGCUCAGUGCUAGUCAUUUGUGAAAGAAGGGACAAACAAAUUUUAUAACUUGAAUCUGUUGCCCUUAAAUAAUAAUGGUGAGCAACUGAAAACAAAAAUCAACAAGUCAUAAUGGUGAGUAGUAUCAAAUUUAAUUAAACAAUGGAAACUCGAAAACGUGUAGUUUAGGAGAGUUAUGCCAAGAAGCUCCAGGUAGUGACAAUGCUGACACAACCUUCCCAUGGGGGCUCGUCCGGGAUCAUAAUUUUUGAAUAUACAAAGCAGUAAAGUAUGAUACAGUAAUUACAAUAUUUUUUUGACUGUCAUCUUUCCAGUGAAGUCAAGUCCAGCCACUCUUCCUUCCAACAUCAUCACAAUGGUUGAAGUGACUGAUUGUGUACCUCUGAGUAGUCUGUCUAGAUAGAUAGCUAGUUUAUUGUCAUUGCAUAGUAAAAACACACCAAAAUUUCAUUUGGCUCCUCUGUAGCAGCAACCAGUAUCAAUACUUAAAUAAAAAAACUAAAAAAAAGUUAGAAACACAAAGUGCAGUCUCAAGUUUGGAAGUCAAAAAAGUCAGAUAAACAGGGUCUAUUGGUCAAGUACCAGCAUGAAUUUAAGGUAAAAGUGUUGCAUUUGUUAUUUUACCAUUACAGCAAAGCCUCAUUCCCCACAGUGUCAAACGAACAAUAAGGCAUAUUCUUCACAUUGAUUUAGUUCAUUCGUGUCUGUAUAUAUUAUUGUAUGUGGUAGUUUAUUUUUAACAUUUAUUUAUCCAGUUCCAAGAUUGACUUGUAAGUUAUUUACUACACUGAAUAAAGAAUAUGUUCAUGUCAGCGUUAUAUUUUUCAUGUUUGGAAGACUAUUAAAAUUAUUAUUAUGAAUUAUAUCAUAUUUAAGUUAUUUGUGUUGUGAUGGAUUAACGUGGAAUUGUAGAAAGUUUAAUAUUGCCCACAAAAGAGGGAACUCAGUCUCUUGUUUUUGUCACUUUUUCAAAUUCAAAACUGUUAUGACUGUUUAAAAAUAAAGUGGCAAACAACCCAACU